AUGGCGCGCGGGGAGGCGGCGGGGCCGGGGCAAGAUGGAGGAGUACGCGAGGGAGCCCUGGUGAGGAGCGGGAUCGGGACCGGGAGUGGGAUCAGGAGCGGCAGCAGGAUCGGGAUCGGGAACAGGAUUGGGAUCACGAGCCAGCCCAGGAGUGGGAUCGGGUCCGGGAAGGGGCGCGAGCCGCUCGCUGCGGUGGGGGCGGCUGUGACCUUGGCCGGGCCCCCUGAGGGAGGCGGCGGCGGCCGCGGGGCCCGGGCAGGUCGGAGCCCGCCGGUGCCGAGCCCGGCCGAGCCCCCGGAGCUGCCCGGAGAACCGGGCGUGACCCACCGGCUGCGGGGCAGCCUCACGGCCAUCAGGACCAGAGCUCCUCAGCUCGGAGGCAGCUUUGCCGUGUGGGGGGGCCUGUUCUCCAUGAUCGACUGCAGCAUGGUCCGAGUGCGGGGCAAGGAGGAUCCCUGGAAUUCCAUCACCAGCGGAGCCCUGACCGGAGCCAUCCUGGCUGCACGGAACGGGCCCGUGGCCAUGGUGGGAUCUGCUGCCAUGGGGGGGAUCCUCCUGGCCCUCAUCGAAGGAGCUGGAAUUCUGCUGACCAGAUUUGCCUCCACCCAGUUCCCCAACGGCCCGCAGUUGUCUGAGGAUCCCUCCCAGCUCCAGCCCGCCCCGUUCAGCAACUACCAACAGUACCAGUGAGGGCCCUGCUGGAGCUCCGGGAUGGGAUGUCCCUCUCCCCGCCUUCCAGGAGCACCUGCAGCGCUUCCCAGAGCUCAGGAGAACUUUUAGGAGACGACAAAUCUAUUUAUUCCCGUCUGGAAUGUUCCUUGUGGGGUGGAAUUACAGGGAGGUUUGAGACGAGGAGCACGUGGAGUUUUGUCAUCCUUGGGACGCUGGAGUGAAAGCCUUGGAGUCUCCUCUGGGAUGUGGCACCUGCAGCUGGAGUUUUGGCCUGGAUUUGGGGUGGGGCUGGAGGGGGAAGGGUUGCACCCUCAUCCCAGCACAGCCCUGGCUUCCCCCGGG